AUGGAGGCGGAUCCGGCAAGGGAGCCUCCUUCACUAGCUGGUUUUCAUGAAUCCUUACCAAACGAGAAAGCACGAUAUAAACGAGUUCGGUCAAGCAUCGAAGAAACCUCUGAUAGAUCUGGGCAGAAUACUGGGACUGGGCACAUUUCACAACCAGAACUAGAAGAGAAUGCAAAUUACUCCAAUCGCAAUAUGCUCAUUAGGGGUAGCCAUGUUACCGGACUAGAGAAUGAUAAUAUUGAGGAGGAUGGAGAGUUUAUUUAUGAAACUGAUUCUGAUGAUGAAACCAUAGACCAGGCACCAGAGGGACCCUCUAUUCGAUUGACUAAGGAGGAAAAGAAAUGUAUCCGACACUAUCUCACCAUUAGACGUUGGUCUCCAGGAUUUAGAUCAGAAGAAGGAACUGUGGACUCCGUUGCGGGAUGGAUCAGAUUGCCAGGAAUGCCACUAGAAUUCUAUGAUCAAGUUGUACUAACGAGUAUUGGAAAUGCAAUAGGCCGAAUGGAGAAAAUUGAUCGCACCAAAGCGGAUAUUUUUAGAGGAAAAUUUGCACGGUUGUGUGUCGAGGUGGAUCUUAGAAAACCUUUGGUGCCAAAAGUGUUUAUCAGUGGACUUUGGCAAAAAGUUGAGGAUGAAGUUAUUCGGAUGGUGUUCUUUCAAUGUGGGAGGUUUGGGCACAACAUAGAAGUUUGCACUGCCAAGAAUCUGGACCAGGCAACCAAGAAUAAAGAUAAAGAUUUGAAUAGGGAAGAGCAGGACAACAAUUGGAAUAAGAAGUAUGAAAACCAAAAAUUUGGGCCAUGGAUGAUAGCCAGAAAGAAUUAUAGAAAGCCACUAAGCUCAAGAGUCAGAAUAGUGGAGAAAGAAACAACAACACAGAAGACAAGUAACAUCGGUUCUCGGUUUACAGUUCUCGAAGAAGAUCCCUCUUAUGUUGAUAAUAAAGUAGUGGUCCCGGAAUCACUGGAACAUAACACAUCUGGAAACAAUGUGGCAAAUAAAAAGCAACAAAUGGUGGGGGGCAAAAAUAAAGAGGAGUUAAAAAAGAGUUUACAAAGUGUGGUAAAUCGAAACCUAGCCUCAUCUAGCACCAAAGGCAAGGGAAAGGUGGCAGGUGCAGUCCGUGUAGUCUAUUCGGACCAGUUAAGCAAACAAAAUGAUGGAACAGGCAUAGGUCAAACUGUUGAGAAAAGAAAUUUGGCAAUAAAGAAUCAUACCGUGGGGUUGGAUGACAAAUCUGAAAUGAACAACCAACCACCUCAAGAUGAUUUGCUCAAUGGUAAUACAAUUUGCAAUCAAGAGGCGUCAAAGGAUCAAGCGGGAGUAGGGGUGAAUGGCGUAGCAAAAGAGAAAGAAACCAAUAGCAUGGAAGAAGGGUCUUCUUCUAAAAUGGACAUUGUUCUUGCCAAUGCGGACAGUGAUAAAGGAGCAAAGGCGGAAGGAUUUUCAGAAGGCAUAUGGGUGAUAUGGGAAUUAGCAGCUGUGGAAAUAGAUAUUCUGGCAUAUUCAUCUCAGUUAGUUCGUAUGACAGUUAGGUCGGAUAAUGAUGAAUGGCUUUUGACAGCAGUUUAUGGUAGUCCGAAGGCAGAAGAACGUAAAUGGCUGUGGCAUUCCUUGAAACUGUCUAGUGAGAUACAUGAUCUAGCCUGGAUGAUUAUAGGUGAUUUUAACCAGGUUCUCUUGCUAGAUGAGAAGACUGGCAAGAAUGGCGUCAAUGUGGCUCACUGUAAACAAAUGAUUGAUUGCUUAUGUUCUUGUAAUCUAGCAGAUCUUGGAGCUUCUGGUGCAAAAUACACGUGGAGUAGGAAAUGUGAUGGCUUCAAUUUCACCAGAGAGAGAUUAGAUAAAGCAGUGGCAAAUGACAGAUGGAGUACAAUGUUUCCUAAAGCCAAAGUCUUUAAUCUUCCUAAAACUCAUUCUGACCAUCAUCCAGUACUGCAAUUUCUCCAAGCACACUGGGAUUAUGAUGGAGUUAUAAAUUCCACCAAGUUAGGAAAAUUGGCAGAAGCAUUGAAUAAAUGGAAGUUCGAGACUUUUGGGGAUUUAGUUAAGAAAAAGAAAUGUCUUCUAGCCAGACUAAAAGGAAUCCAAAUACGUUUGGCUCAAGGCCCUAAUGACUAUCUACAGCGUCUAGAAGUGGCGUUAGUAGAGGAGUUUAAUCUCAUUUUGUAUCAAGAGGAAGUCAUGUGGCAGCAAAAAGCUAAGCUUGAUUGGCUGAAGUAUGGAGAUUGCAACUCAAAAUAUUACCAUGCAAUUGUCAAAAGGAGACAGCAUAAGAAGCAGAUUAGUACUUUCAAGAGGGAUGAUAACUCAUGGUGUUUAGACAAGGGAGAGCUAACGAAGAUGGUAGUGGAAUUCUACUCAAACCUCUAUUCGGAUGAUGGUACAUGA